AUGUCCCAAAAAUCUGUGCCAAAUACUCCUCUUCGUCGCUCAAAGCGCGGCCAACCUGUCGUUGUAGAGCCUACCAGACUACCCGCAUUACAGCUUACCGAUCAGACGGAUGCUCCUUCUGCCCCUCCCAUUCACACUAGGCCCACCGUCAUAGAAGAUCUCAAUCAUGAGCUCGACACAUCCACCUUAGAACUCAGCACGCUCAAGACCCGCUUCUACUCACAAUUCGUGCGGAAUGAAGCAUCCUCUAUGAUGCGUCCCUCAAAGGUGUACGGGCGCAGAAAACAGGAGAGACCAUCCACCGCACUGGAGGUGUUCAACGUUGGGGACACAGUGCUGGUGCAGUCAUCGUCGAAGGAUCCCAGUAUCGCUGUGAUUGUUGCACUGUGGGAUGUCGCGGACGCUGACGGUUCGAUGCAGGGCAUCAGAGUAAGGCUGCAUUGGUUCGUCAGACCCAGAGAGCUUGCGUCGAUCCGUGUUCGGAGAGAGUACCUCGACAACGAAAUCUACUAUACCCUCUCCUCGACUAUUUCCAUUUCAUCGUCAACCAUCCUCGGUCGCUGCGUGGUAUCCUCAACUCUUUCCGCUGAUUCAUUGCGGAGUGCUCCGACGCGUAGAAAGCUUCGUGCAGCGGAGGAAAAAAUGUUGGAGUUCUACUGCGGGCUUGCCACCAACGCGAUGCGGGGCUAUUUCUACGUCAUCGAUUGGAGGGCGUUCAGAGAGGAGGCAUUGGCUGCUGGCGUCGAGGAUGGAAAGUGGGGGGUUGGGUCUGACUGGAAUGUUCUUGUCGCUGAUGACCACGAUCCCGACAAUGAACCCAGCCCUAGGAAGAAGGCUUCUAAGGGCACGCGAUCGGAAUUGGACAUCUCUUCUGCAGGCAAAGAGAUCCAUGGACUCGUUGGCGACUUGGAUGAUGGCUCUUCAGCAGGGGACGAGCUGCAGCAUCCUGUGGUGGAAGAGGAUUUCACUCCGAAGACACCACGCAAGCGCAAGCGUGCAUCCACAACAACUCGUACACCCCGCAAGACGCCACGUCGAGCGCGCACCAAGACAGCGCUCGAGGAUGCGGUGUCUGACAUGGACACAGAGAUCGGCGGAUCGUCCCUAGACGCGGCGGAGGUUCAGGCUCUGGUGGCCGAAUCAGACGAUGGUUCUUCGAUGACGGACGAAUUCCGCCUACUUCCCAACGACGAGGACGAAGAAGAAUGCGAAACUACCAUUCCAGCUCUUCCAACCACUCCAUCACGGCGAAAACGGACCGUCGUAACUCGUCGCACCCCGCGUACUCCUCGUACCCCACGCCGGCGGGCGAAAGCGGUGGAAGCAGGGCCGAGCACACUUGCGCAGCCUACCCCGCACUCAAAAGCCGCCCUUCGGAAACGCAGGCGUACCGCGCUCGCUGUGCGGCCCCCGCCCGCAGCCGACUCUGCAUUCAACCUGCAUCUAGACCUAGAGGCGCACCUGGCGGGAGCGGGUACGGACCCGUGGCUGCGCGCGAUGCACGUGCUGCAUGUCGCGGCGCGCCCGGAGGCGCUGCCGUGUCGCGAAGAGGAGUAUAGGCGGGUAUUACGGGCGGUGGAAGAGCUGCUCGAGGAGGGCAGUGGAGGGUGCAUAUAUAUAUCUGGUGUUCCUGGUACUGGGAAGACUGCUACCGUGCAUGCAGUCGUGCGGGAGCUGAAGCGCAUGGCCUUGCAGAAUGAAGCCAAUCCGUUCAGUUACGUCGAAAUUAAUGGAUUGCGCAUCCCGGAACCUGCAGCAGCUUAUAGUCUUCUGUGGGAGGCCGUCUCUGGACACGACGCCGCAAGGGACGGACACAUGAAGAUAAGUGCCAACCAAGCGUUGAAGUCUCUCUCGCGUCAUUUCAGCGCAGGAGAGCGGGUGGGGCCUGGAGGACACGCAUGUGUAGUCCUCAUGGAUGAGCUUGACCAGUUGAUGACAACCAAGCAGGACGUGGUAUAUAACUUCUUCAACUGGCCUACCCUUGUAGGCUCUAAGUUAGUCGUACUCGCCGUUGCGAACACGAUGGAUCUGCCAGAGCGUGUGAUGACAGGGCGAGUCAGAAGUAGGCUCGGCAUGAUUCGCAUCAACUUCCAGCCGUACACCACUCCACAGCUGGAGAAGAUUGUCCAGGCACGACUACACAGUGCGAAAGAGGGACUCUCAGACACACGCGACGUGAUCGUCCCAGAUGGUGUUAAGUUCGCCGCCAUGAAGGUAUCGUCAAUUAGCGGCGAUGCCCGACGCGUACUAGACAUAUGCAGACGGACAGUAGAGCUCGUGCAGCCUCAUUCCCGAACUGCAAGAACUGAAGACGUGAAGGAGGUGAUCAAAGAGAUGCAGAACAGCCCGACGGCUGCGUAUCUCCGGGACCUAAGCUUCCACGAACGGCUGAUGCUCGCCGCACUGCUGAAAUGCAUAAAGAAGGAAGGGGUCGAAGAGAUCAAGUGGGGCGAGGUUCGACAUCAGCAUAUCGUGUACAUGAAUAUCCUUACGGGUGAGGACGACCCCUCGCGGCGACCGACGUUGGGCGAGCUACAGCUGGUUCUGGAUUCGCUGCUUGCUUCGCGGGCUAUGAUAUGCGAGGAUGGCGCACUUGCUGCGCGCAAGCCGGAGGGUGAGAAGAGAGUCGCACUGAACUUGGAACACGUGGAGGUCGAGAGGGUCUUGGGCGAAGUCGGAGAGCUUGAAGCUGUUGCAGAAGGCUAUGAUGCUCAUGACAGGAUCGUCAAAGCGAUCACUAACGGCCCUCACCCGGCGACCGCCAAGGUCUCAGAUGAUGGGCCCACCACUGGCGAGACAUCGUGGAUCGUCACUAAAGACUACUCAAUCGCCCCAGGCAGAGAGAGUUUCAGCAAGCGGAUGGAGGGUGUCGAACUCAUAUCUCCCGUCUUCACUGAUGCCGACAUACCCACUCGCCUCACCUGGCAUGAUGAAAUCCGUGGUGUACUCGAUUCCGUAUGCCGUGCUGUGCCGCCCCAUACAAAUGAGAGCACAGGAUAUCACGUCCAUAUCGGUAUCGGUAAGGGUCAAGGACAAACCUUUACUCUCGAUGAACUGAAGAGGAUUGCGGCCGUUACUAUCAUCUACGAGGAGUCGAUUGAUACGCUUCACCCAGCCCAUCGUUCGGCUGAUCGUGAAGUAACUAACAACAUGCUCAGAAGCAACAGGUCGAACGUGUUUUUUGGGCAACUGAGUUCGUCCGAUGUGCUCAGAAGAAUUCUAUCCGCUCGUGAUUUCGGUCAUUUGGCACGGAUGAUGAAUCCAUUUCCUGAUGGCCUCCUUGAUCCUGAAAACACGCCGGUGAAUUGUCUGCGGGAUUAUAAGGUCAACUUCCUGAGCGUGUGGAAGUAUGGAACUGUGGAAUUCAGGCAGCACGAAGGGACUAUUGAUCCCACGACUGUGUGUGCAUGGGCAGACUUCUUGCUUGCCUUAGUACGGCGAGCGAUAGAGCUUCCAGCAGAGGUUCUGGUAGCUCUCGAUACCAUCAAUAUUCCACUGGUGGGCAUCGUGGAUGAGCAUGUUUAUGCUGGGCUUACGCCAGUAGUCGAGGCGUCGGAGUUAGCCGAGGCGUUGAAUACGCGCUCAACCGCGUAG